AUGUCCCUCGCAGAAGCCAACCGUCAAUACUUUGACUUAAUCUCCUCCUCCUACGACAGCAAACCCUGGUUCGCAAAAGUAAACAACCAAGUCGCAGACUUCCUGCGUGCUGAACUAUCCUGGAUCGGCAUCCCAUUCGUCAACAUGGGAUCGAGUAACGAAGCCACGGGAGAAGUCCGACUUUUGGACUAUGCGUGUGGUACGGGGCUUAUGACUAGGGUCUUCGCCCCCUACGUAACCUCCACCGUCGCUAUCGACAUAUCCUCAAAAAUGAUAUCGGAAUACACCUCCCGCGCCGCCUCUUCCCCUUCCCCCUCUUCCAUCACAGCAACAACCGGUAACCUCUUCGAUAAAACCAACCCCUCACCUCCAGAACUCUCAUCCCCCCAGUACUUCAACUUCGACAUCGCAACUGUAGGUUUCGGCUUCCACCACUUCGAAGACGUGGUGUAUGCGGCAAGCCAGUUGAAGCAACGGUUGCGUCCUGGUGGUGUGUUGGUAAUUAAUGAUUUCUUGGAGGGAGGGGAUGUGCUUGUUGAUGAGGGGGGGGAUGUGGUGGAGGGGAGUGAGGGGGUUCAUCAUCACCAUCAUCAUCACCACGGACACGACCACGGCCAUAAACACGCAGAUGCGGAUGCUAACGUAACCCACGACACCGACGACACAUCCGCCGCCUUCCACAAGAAAAUGAGCGCCUCAAUCGUCGUCCCGAACUUCACCGUCGAGGGCGUGAGGAAGUUCUUCACAGAAGCCGGGUUUGUAGACGUGGAUGUUGUGACGAAUAAGGAGAAGAGUUAUAUGGAGUUUGGGGGGAAGAAGGUGUAUCGGACGAUUUUGUUUGCGAAGGGGAGGAGGCCUGUCGACGAGAAGAGUGAGCUUUGA